GGGUCUGGGCGUGGCGGCGGAGGGGAGCCUGGCCGCUGCCGCGCGGGCGAACCCUCGGCACAGCGCUUUCCCCAGCACACGCCGUCCGCCUAGAGGCCUGUCCUAGUGCCGAGGCUAGUCCGAGAGCCCGGCGUGCUCGGAGCCCGCGGGACCCGGAGACUGCGGGACCCAGAUCGGCCCUGCGUCGAAGGGGCAUCUUGCAUCCGUUGACUUUGGAGGCCUCGCCGAGUGGGGGCCACGCGAGACAGUGGCCACAACUGAGGAGGAGCCCGAUGUGCAAAACAGGUGUGAAAGCCAGGCAGGCAGCAGCCUCAGAGAUGAAGACCUGUGCCUGGGACCAGUGGACACCGGUACGUACGUGGGGUUGAACCACGCUGCCCUGUGGCCACAGGCUUCUGGCCCUGAGAACAUGACAACAGCCCAGAAUGGCCAUGGGCGAGUUGCUGCGAUCCCCUGUUCAGUCUUGGAACCACCAGACCCCAACAUGGUGAUUUACCCGGCCUGUCAGAACGGAGAAUGCGGUGGCGACACGGAAGCCCAGGACUCCAGGCUGGGCCCCGCCAAGCUUGUGCGCCUCUUCUCAGUGAGCAGGAAGAAGACAGGUGCCAACCCCGAGAGGCCCCGCUCCAUGAUGCUGAUGGGGCACUCCUCCACCUGGAACGCCCUGGCCUCCUUUCGGAAGAUGGGAUCUUUUAAAAAACUGAAGUCCUCUGUCCUUCAGGGAAUUCAAAACCGAGAGGGGCCCUAUGCAGCCAAGGAGGAGGCCUCAGAGCCUGAUUUGGGCCCAGUCCUCCCCAAUGGGACAGCUGUGGUAAUCCCAGCAGACAGGCGUGGCUCCUCGGAAGCUGCCAGUGGGCUCCCCCAACCUGGCCCUGCAUCGGACAGCUCGGAGCCGGAGGAGGCGGACGACGCCUUCCAGAGGAGCACGCACCGCUCCCGCAGCCUGCGCCGAGCCUAUGGCCUGGGCCGCAUCAGCCUCUGGGACUGCGAGCACCACGGCCUGCCCUUGCCCUCUGCCAUCCAAGAGCCCCCAGUGUGCUCCAUCCUUGUGAAAGACUCCGAGAACAACAGCAUCUCCUCCCAAAGGAGCAAGAGCACGGACAACCUGAACUUCCUGAGGAAGGGCUCCUUCAAAAGGAAGUCUGCCUCCAACCUCUCGGACCUCAGGACGGUGCCCGACAGGCCCACAACCCGACGAACGCUAAGCAGCUGCUCUGCAGACUCAGAGAAGCUCGGAGGGUCCGAGAGGAGGACAAAACGCUGGAAGAGCCCCAUCAGGGCCAAGGACUUUGACCGGGUCCUCAAGCUGGUGAGCAGCGCCACAGAGGCAGCCUUGAAGCGAGAGCGACCUAGGAGCGGGGUGGCCAGCCCCAGUGAUGCUUCCCCGAGGCCCAGGCCCUGCAGCCGCCUGCACGAGGACUACUCGCGUCGGGUGUCCAGCAGUGUGGAGCUGGAGCGCAGGCGGUGUGCCAUGGCCCCAGGCUUCAGCCCAGCCUGCCCGCAGGGCCCGCAGCUGGACGUGGACACCUCGGUGUUUCCUCUCGAGGCUCAGAGCACCGGUCCUUGCGCUGGCAGCUCAUCCCCAAGUUCAACUGCCCAGGAAUUAUUGCACCAAGAUUCCCAGGAACCAAAACCUGCCAGCCAGUUUAUAUUGGAACCUGAGCAUCCUCUCACGCCGCUAAGGCCCACCGCACCCAAGCCCCCUAGUCCUCAGAGCCCAGGCACAGGAAAUGCCAAGUGUGCCAACAAUCUCAGUGCACUGUCCCUGAGUUCAGUGGACAGUGACGAGAGGGCAGAAGGUCUUGUGUCCUUCCCAGAUUCGGUGCAAGCCACAUGUGACAAAGGCAGUAAGGAUAGCGGUUCCAGCAGCCACCCUCAGCUGAGCCUCAGUGGGUCUUCGGGUCUAGAAGAAAAGGAGGAGGAGCCUGCAGCCAGGCCUCCUGUGCCAGCUCACCAGGUGCCACCCUACAAAGCAGUUUCUGCCCGGCUCCGGCCAUUCACAUUUUCCCAGAGCACCCCCAUUGGGCUGGACCGCGUGGGACGCCGGCGGCAGAUGAGAGCAUCCAACAUUUCCUCAGAUGGUGGCACUGAGUCUUCUGCCUUAGUGGAUGACAACGGCAGCGAGGAGGACUACAGCUAUGAAGACCUCUGCCAGGCCAACCCCAGAUACCUGCAGCCGGGUGGGGAGCAGCUGGCCAUCAAUGAGCUGAUCAGCGAUGGCAGUGUGGUGUGUGCGGAAGCUCUGUGGGACCACGUGACCAUGGAUGACCAGGAGCUGGGCUUCAAGGCAGGAGAUGUCAUCCAGGUUCUGGAAGCCUCUAACAAGGACUGGUGGUGGGGCCGGAGCGAGGACAAGGAAGCCUGGUUCCCUGCCAGCUUCGUCAGACUGCGAGUCAAUCAGGAAGAGCUGUCGGAGAAUUCCAGCGGCACCCAGGGUGAGGAGCCAGAAGAGGAUGCUGGCAGAAACCGCCAUAAACACUCAGAGAACAAGCACCAGAUGAGGACCAACGUCAUCCAGGAGAUCAUGAACACGGAGCGGGUGUACAUCAAGCACCUCAAAGACAUCUGUGAGGGCUAUAUACGGCAGUGUCGCAAGCAUACGGGAAUGUUUACUGUUGCACAAUUAGCCACCAUUUUUGGAAACAUUGAAGACAUUUACAAAUUCCAAAGAAAGUUCCUGAAAGACCUUGAGAAACAGUAUAAUAAAGAGGAACCUCAUUUAAGUGAAAUAGGAUCCUGCUUUCUUCAACAUCAAGAGGGCUUUGCGAUCUAUUCCGAGUACUGUAACAACCACCCCGGUGCCUGCGCCGAGCUGUCCAGCCUGAUGAAGCAGGGCAGGUACCGGCACUUCUUCGAGGCCUGCCGCCUGCUGCAGCAGAUGAUCGACAUUGCUAUUGACGGCUUCCUGCUCACGCCGGUGCAGAAGAUCUGCAAGUACCCGCUGCAACUGGCGGAGCUGCUCAAGUACACCACACAGGAGCACAGUGAUUACAGUAACAUAAAGGCAGCAUAUGAGGCCAUGAAGAAUGUAGCCUGUUUGAUCAAUGAGCACAAACGCAAACUGGAAAGCAUAGACAAGAUAGCGCGGUGGCAGGUGUCCAUCGUAGGCUGGGAGGGACAGGACACUUUAGACCGAAGCUCAGAACUGAUCCAUUCUGGGGAGCUAACCAGGAUCACUAAGCAAGGCAAGAGCCAGCAGCGGACAUUCUUUCUGUUUGACCACCAGCUGGUGUCCUGCAAGAAGGACCUGCUGCGCAGGGACAUGCUCUAUUACAGGGGCCGUGUGGACAUGGAUGACAUGGAGCUCGUGGACCUAGAGGACGGGCGGGACAAGGACUGGAAUCUCAGCGUGAAAAAUUCCUUCAAGCUUGUCAGCAAAACCACUGAUGAGGUUCAUCUGUUUUGUGCCAAGAAACAAGAAGACAAGGCAAGGUGGCUGCAGGCUUGCAAAGAUGAAAGGAGACGGGUGCAGGAGGACCGGGAGAUGGGAAUGGAAAUUUCUGAAAAUCAAAAGAAGCUUGCCAUGUUAAAUGCUCAAAAGGCAGGACAUGGAAAGUCAAAAGGCUACAGUGGAUGCCCUGCCGCCCCGCCACACCAGAGCUUGCACCCCAUUCAUCAGCGCCACAUCACCAUGCCCACCAGUGUCCCUCAGCAGCAGGUGUUCGUCCUGGCAGAACCCAAGAGGAAGCCUUCACUGUUCUGGCACACCUUCCAUAAACUCACCCCUUUCAAGAAAUGAAAACAGGGAAGGCCGCACUUCAACUGUUCACAAUCCAAGGACAGUCUUUGGACCCAGUGCUGAAAACUUCUUUUGGGGAUGAAUAACAGAGAAGGACUUGGACUCGCCUUCAGUCUUCAGAGACACAGCUGCUUCCUUGGAAGGGGGAGAAGGUGGUGAUGCUUUCACGUACACAGGAACCCUCUGUGACCUGUGCCAAAGCAGCCAAGACUGAGGACCUGGUGACAUACUCUAAAGUGAGUGCUGAGCAGAGUGCCCUGCGAGCCUCACUGGUGAUGAGUGCUGUGCGCAGCCCAGGUCCAAAGUGCCAUGAAUAAGGGCAGGAUGGUGUGGUGCUUUUGCAUUUGAUUUGAAGGCAAUGGUAGUCCUGGGAUUGGGACAAUACUACGUGUCACUGGCAUGGGUAAGCCACAUCUCUCUUCCAUGGUAUUAGGAAGGGACUUACUGCAGAUGUGGUGUCCCGGGUGUCAUCUGAACCUACAUAUUUGCCAUUGUGGUAGUGCAGUCUUCAUCCUGCCAGGUUCCUCUCCCCUACAGGCUGGAGGGGAAAGCAGGAUGAGCCUGUUGUGUGGCAGGGAGGUCUGCAAGGAAGAGUGACUUCAGUCUCCUAAUGGUAAGGCUGUUUUCCAGAGAGGGAGGGAGGCAGAGGAAGUCCUACAUGGGCUAGAUUGGCCCUUCUCAAGUCAGGUACACUUCUGCCCACAUGCAGUGUGUGACUCCAUGACCAGAAACCAUGUCUACUCACACGUCAUAAACUAAAACUAUUCAAACAUAUCCACUUGCAAUAUAAAAACCCAUUCAUUUUAAUUUUAUGGUAAAGUGAGUAUGCGAAUGCACCAAUCAAAAGGCAUUCUCACUCUAUCAGUUAUUCCUGGUACCCUUAAUAGUUAAGCUGUAAUGGCAUUUACAUUCCCCUGAGAAAGCAGGAGCUUCUGAGCAGUCCGGCUGUGGAUGUAGAGCCCACUUGGUUGCAUGAACCCAAAUAGCAGUGCUGACCAUGCCAUUACCUGCAUGUCAUCAGGUUUCUCAAGAGUCCCUCUUUAUAAAAGAGAACUUAACAAAAUAUAUCUAGACUCACAGAGAGCAGUCUUUUUUUAACGAGGACCACAUGGUCCGAUACCAAUCAAUAGUUUUUCCCUAGUCUAUAUUGUAAAUUUUGAUGAAACUAACUUUUAAAUAUGCCUGGAGAAGACAAGACUCUGCAAGCAAGAUGCCACUGUAAUUUACUUAGUGCACUGGAUGGGGGGGUAUUGUAUGGCACAGUUUGUGGUUUUCUAUUUGAGAAUCUCUUUUUUGUAUGCUACUCUCAGAAAGUUCUUUUUUCUACCAGACCCAUGCUUGAGAAUAAACAAACCUGUGCUGUCAAACACAAAGGUGUAUGUAAUCUGAGUCUCUGGGUGUGUGGUUCCUCCCCUUCUUUCUCCUUCUUCACGCCCAGAGCUGUUCCUGAAGGAGGUGAAGUCCUGCAACAAAGGGACAAAAUCCUGGGCCUCUCUGGUGAGGCUCAGCGCACAUCCUGCAGCAGUGUCAGAAACUCAUUCCUGUUCUUGAGCCUGCCCUGCACCUCAGGGCCCUCACUGCAGUAUUGCUAGGAGGUCACACUGGCCCGUGGCCAACAACCCCAGCCACUGCCUUGAGGAGGCUUCUCAGGAGGUGCUGUGAGUGCAUGCAUGAGUAUGUGAGUUUCGUUUUUAAGAAGAAAUCUCAAUUUUAGUUACAUUUAUAUAACUGACCUUUUUACUAACAAAAAAUGUUAUGUUUUGUAAACCAUUCUAAAUAUGCUUUUUGUGGGCCCCUCAGCAAAAACUCUAGGGGUCUGUGUGCUAAAGUAGAGUUCUUUGUAUAUACAGCAGUUUUGAACAGUUGGUUGUGUUUUGUUUUUAAUAUAAGAGAAUUACAUUAAGGAAGCAAAGAGAAUUAUUUGCUUAGGUUAUAUUUUAAAUGAAUAUUCAGUGAGUAAAGAACCACUCAGUGGGCUUCCAUUUGCUAAUAUUUAUUAAUGGGCAAUGAAGAAAUGCUUUAAGUUCUGUGACAAGUCCUGACUUAUUUCCUAGCUGAGCCCUGACUUUGGUCCCCACCUCUCGCUCAUGGACUCCUAACAAGAACAGGAAGCUCAGACCCUGGCUGGUGUGUAGCUCAGUGGAUUGAGUGCUGGCCUGCAAACCAAAGGGUUACAGGUUUGAUUCCCAGAUCAGGGCCCAUGCCUGGGUUGUGAGCCAGGUCCCCAGUAUGGGGUGUGUGAGAGGCAGCCACAUAUUAAUUUUUCCUUCUCUUUCUCCCUCCUUUCCCUUCUGUCUAAAAAUAAAUAAAAAUCUUUAAAAAAAAAGAGAAGAAGAAGAACAGGGAGCCCAGAUACCCAGGCCUGCAGGGCCCCUGGGGCCUGUCAGCUCUGUACCGUGUGAGAAUCACCUGAUCAAAGAUCUGUUCUGGAGAUCUGUUCUGGGUGGGUCCUGGGUGGGUGUUCAGUUGAUUUUGAAAACUGCUAAAAUAGAUUUAAAAGGACAGAACGUCCUUUGACUUCUUUAAGUUGACAUGUCUAGCUUCAGUUGUUUUACUAAAUGCCAGAGUUCUAUAAAGAAUACACGGCUCAAGUAGCCUAAUUUUGGUUUGCCAAACUUCCUUCUUGACUUAACUCACAUGUUCCACUUCGAAAAGUAUAGAAAAAAACAGUCUCUAUACAGAUUAUGUAUGAAUUUCAUUGGGUAUUUCACUUUCUCUUUCUUUCACUUUUUUGAACCCUACAUUGCACAACAUGGGAGACCGAAAAAAGAAGAGAUGAUAUAGAAUUUUGAUGAACUUCACCUAUUCCAUCAUUCAUAUUUCAGAAUUUGACAACUCUGUCAAAUGGCAGUUGCUCUGGCCUUGGGUCAAGAGUACCCUCCUCAAUCUUGAUCAUAUCUAAAAUGUAGGACAAUCUUGCAACAGGUAAAAAAAAUCAUAAAAUAGAAUGUUUAUAAAAUCCUGGAGAAGUGGCAUUCUUUGUCUUUGGGCUGAAAACUAGAAAAAGAGUGGCAGCUUCUUGCCAGAGCUUUGAUGGGACCAUCUGUAUAGUUCAUUUUCAGUAGAACUGAUCGUUUUCACCUGGAUCUGAUAUUAUAGUUGAAAACAUUUCAUUUCCAUCUCCCCACUAUUUGUGAAUAUUAUUGUAUCUUUCUGUACCUAAUCUAGAUGAAGACUAAUUUAGUGCCUGUUCAGAAAAUCCCUUCGAUACUAGACACAGCAAAAGUGCACUUCAUUGAAAAUUUGGUUCACAAUAGAAAUCUUUCAUAAAAGCCUUGAGAUUCUAUAUUUUAUCAAUUGGAGAUAAUAAUGUGCCCACACUGCUGAUAUUCCUCAAUAAAGUCAACUUACUUAGCCAGAGUAGAACAGCCUGACUACCUGGGGUUAGGAGGGAAAUUGCUGUGUUAUUUUUUGUUGAGGAGA